GCAGAACUCCGGAGAACUGGGGUGGGGCUUGCAGAGAAGCUGCAGCUGGAGGGAAAAGGCUUGCAGCAGCCGGAUCCCGGGAAAGUUUACUUGCAAGGAGAAGCCUCCCUUCAUAGCCAAGUGAAUAAAGGCAGCUUUUCAGAGACGGAGGUGACUCAAAAGAAGGUGAAGGAGAUGGAAGAGCAAGACUCAGAAGGACCUGGAGCUGGCAAGAGAGCAAGGAAGAGUCCCCAUUCCAUCUCAUCUGGAAGUGGUGCUGAAUUCUGGGAAAGAGCUGUUCCAGAGGUCCUGUCUAAAGAAACAACGACCUCAGAUGUACUCUGCCAACACUUCCGGCAGUUCCGCUACCAUGAGGCCGAUGGGCCCCGAGAGGUUUGCAGCCAGCUCCAUGGACUUUGCAUCCAGUGGCUGAAGCCGGAGAGGCACACCAAGAAGCAGAUCGUGGACCUGGUGAUCCUGGAGCAGUUCCUGACUCUCCUGCCCCAGGAAAUGCAGGGCUGGGUCAGAGGAUGUGGGCCGGAGACCAGUUCCCAGGCGGUGGCCCUGGCCGAAGGUUUCCUCCUGAGUCAGGCAGAGGAGAAGAGGCAGGCAACACAGAUGCGGGGACCACCUUUGGAGAUGGAAGCUGCAAUCCCUGAGGAAGAAGGAGCUUCCUUGGAGCAGGGGCAGAGGGUGCCGGUGGUGGAGCGUGCCCAAGACGCCCUCUCCUGUGGAACAGGCAGUGAACAGAUGCUCUUGAGCCUUCGUCUUUUCAGAGGGGUGGAGACGGCUGCUGAACCUGCAAUCCAGGGUCCCUUUUCCUUGGAGGAGGUGUCCGUCUCUUUCACGGAGGCAGAAUGGGCCCUGCUGGAUCCGGGACAAAGAGCUCUGUACAGGGAAGUCAUGCUGGAGAACUAUGAGAAUGUGGCCUCUCUGGCAGAGGAUGAUCACAGGAAUGAGGAGUCCAAGGAAUUUUAUCAGCAACUGCCAGUAAGAAUUAAAAAUGAAGACUUGAAAGAAAAAGUCAGGAAUCGAGGCAGCCCUACCAGAACGAAAGGGAGUCAUAUGGUUGAGAAGAGAGAUGGAAGACAGAGUAAGGUACAUUUGCCAAAGGACAGAAUAAUGAAGGCAAAUAAAUCUGUUCAGUGUGGAAAGUACUUCAGAAAUAGAUCACAGCAGCAUCACAGUACCCACACAGGGGAGAAAUCUUUUGAAUGUUCAGAGUGUGGAAAGAGAUUCAGUAAAAGCGGCAGUCUUCAGCAGCAUCAGAGAACCCACACAGGGGAGAAACCUUUUGAAUGCUCAGAGUGUGGAAAGAGAUUCAGUCAGAGAAGCCAUCUUCAAUUGCACCAAAGAACCCACACAGGAGAGAAACCUUUUGAAUGCUCAGAGUGUGGAAAGAGAUUCAAGGAGAGGGGGAAACUUCAACAGCAUCAGAGAAUUCACACAGGAGAGAAACCUUUUGAAUGCUCAGAGUGUGGAAAGAGAUUCAACCAGAGGGGGAAACUUCAACUGCAUCAAAGAACUCACACAGGAGAGAAACCUUUUAACUGCCUAGAGUGUGGAAGGAGAUUCAGUACGAGUGGCAGUCUUCAGCUGCAUCAGCGAACCCAUACAGGAGAGAAGCCUUUUGAAUGCUCAGAGUGUGGAAAGAGAUUUAGUCAGAGAAGCCAUCUUCAGUUGCAUCAAAGAACCCACACAGGAGAGAAACCUUUUGAAUGCUCAGAGUGUGGAAAGAGAUUCAAGGAGAGGAGGAAACUUCAGCUCCAUCAGAGAACUCACACAGGGGAAAAGCCAUUUCAAUGCUCAGAGUGUGGAAAGAGAUUUAGCAUGAAUCACAAUCUUAAAGUGCAUCACAGAACGCACACAGGAGAGAAACCUUUUGAAUGCUCAGAGUGUGGAAAGAAAUUCAAGCAGAGGGGGAUACUUCAAUUGCACCAAAGAACCCACACAGGAGAGAAACCUUUUAACUGCCUAGAGUGUGGAAGGAGAUUCAGUACGAGUGGCAGUCUUCAGCAGCAUCAGAGAACCCACACAGGGGAGAAACCUUUUGAAUGCUCAAAGUGUAAAAAGAGAUUCAGUCAGAGAAGCCAUCUUCAAUUGCACCAAAGAACCCACACAGGAGAGAAACCUUUUAACUGCCUAGAGUGUGGAAGAAGAUUCAGUAUGAGUGGCAGUCUUCAGCAGCAUCAGAGAACCCACACAGGGGAGAAACCUUUUGAAUGCUCAGAGUGCGGAAAGAGAUUCAGUCAGAGAAGCCAUCUUCAGUUGCACCAAAGAACCCACACAGGAGAGAAACCUUUUAACUGCCUAGAGUGUGGAAGGAGAUUCAGUACGAGUGGCAGUCUUCAGCAGCAUCAGCGAACCCACACAGGGGAGAAACCUUUUGAAUGCUCAGAGUGUGGAAAGAGAUUCAGUCAGAGAAGCCAUCUUCAGUUGCACCAAAGAACCCACACAGGAGAGAAACCUUUUGAAUGCUCAGAGUGUAGAAAGAGAUUCAAGGAUAGGGGGAAACUUCAAGGGCAUCAGAGAAUUCACACAGGAGAGAAACCUUUUGAAUGCUCAGAGUGUGGAAAGAGAUUCAACCAGAGGGGGCUACUUCAACUGCACCAAAGAACUCACACAGGAGAGAAACCUUUUAACUGCCUAGAGUGUGGAAAGAGAUUUAAGGAGAGGAGGAAACUUCAGCAGCAUCACAGAACUCACACAGGGGAAAAGCCUUUUCAAUGCCCAGAGUGUGGAAAGAGAUUUAGUGUGAAUCACAGUCUUAAAGUGCAUCACAGAACGCACACAGGAGAGAAACCUUUUGAAUGCUCAAACUGUGGAAAGAAAUUCAGUCAGAGUGGCCAUCUUCAAUAUCAUCAGAGAACCCACACAAGGGAGAAACCUUCAGAAUGUUUGGAAGUUGUUAGCCAAAUCGCCCUCAAACAAGAGAAUCCAUACAAGGAUGAAACUUUCCUAUAG